AGAAAUGUGACUCCAGAAGAACUGAAUAUUACAAGAAAAGUAUUGGUUGGGUUCGUCUCUCUGGAACUGUUUCCAACAGAUGUCCCAGAAUAUAACUUGACAGAGGUGGACUUGGUUUAUGAAAUACUGCAACGAAACGGCUAUCCUGAAUAUCGUCGAAUAUUAAAGGAGAUAACGCAAACCUGCGACAGCAUGCUUGUAAGAUGUACUUGGAAUCGCAAGACAGUGAAUUGUAAUGCCAUUUUUGAAGAAAAGUAUAUUGGGUAUGGUCGUUGUUGCAGUUUUAACUACGUUGGGGAGUCUCUUAAUAAAACUCCAAUACGUACUGAAUCCUAUGGCAUUUUUACCGGACUGAAAGUCUGGAUAAAACCACACUAUAACAUCAGAGAAUAUUCUGGAGUUUUGGUCCAAAUAGACGACUCUCGGGAUCUUUCCUACAAAGUCGAAAACAGAAAGUUUCUAUCUUUAGGGACGGUGAAUUAUAUCCACGUGCAAGCUUCCAAAAAACUAACAAGUCCAGAUGUGAAACGUCUGUCUAACAAACAGAGAAACUGCGUAUAUGGUGAUGAAAGGAAACUAAAGUAUUUCAAGAUAUAUACAAACGCGAAAUGCGCUGUAUCGUGCAAAGCUGAAUUUUUCUAUAAGUUAUGCCAGUGUGUUCCACAUUAUUACGGUUUUGUUAAUGAUAAGCCAAUGUGUGGAUUAAAUAAACUGCCGUGUAUCGAGAGCAACACAGAGAUGGAGUGCUAAAACUUUUGCUUC